CUGCCCUGGGCUAGGACCUUCAGCGCGUUCCACUGCAGCUGCGGUCGGCUGAAAGUUCGGAAAUACCCUCAAAUCAGCCAUUUAUGUGGAGCCUGUUUGAUCCUCACUGGCGGCCGCCAUAAAUAUUAUUGAAUCAAAUCUUAGCUCAACGUGUAGUAAAGUCGUUCUUUCACUAGACACCAUGGAAUUGGGGCUCCUCAAGGCUGUAUUUCUAUACGGAGCAGCGCAUAACUUGAAUAACGAAUGUACGAGCCUGGGGCGAGGUAUUCCGCAGGUGCGCAGUAUCUACAGCUGGAUGAUCAUGAUGUCGAGGCCCCAUUUGCCGACAUUAUCUUGCAUUCCGCCUCACCACGUCUCGAAAUUUUGCUCCCAGCUGUCCCAAGCUGGUGACGAUGAACACGGCAUCGCGAUAUCUUUAUCUCGUCCUGGGUGCUGUCAUAAGUUUUCAUUAUAUACUGUCUUUCACACACCAGGAGUAUGGCCGUAUAACAUCACUCAACAACAUCGCGUCGCAUUUUCGUGAUGAGACUAAAACGCCAGCAUUCGUGGAUCAGAAUCUGGUCCCACUGAAAUAUUACGCGCCAUCGAAUUCCUGGAAUGAAACCGCACCUGGACGACGUGCCAACGCGGCGUUCGUUAUCCUCUGUCGAAAUAGCGACCUCCUAAGAAUACUCGGAAGCAUCCGCGAGAUCGAAGAUCGAUUCAAUCGACGGUACAACUACCCUUACGUUCUUCUGAACGAAGUAGAAUUUACUGAUGAUUUCAAAAGACGAGUCUCCGUAAUUACUUCUGCGAAGAUGGAGUUUGGCUUGAUACCCCAUGACCAUUGGUUCCAGCCGGACUGGAUAGAUGAAGAUAAAGCGACACAAGCGCGUAAAAAGAUGAUAUCCCAAAGCAUUAUCUAUGGUGGUAGCAUAUCCUACCGGAAUAUGUGCCGUUUCAACUCGGGUUUCUUCUUUAAGCAUGACCUUGUAAAAAAGUACCGCUGGUACUGGCGAAUUGAACCUAACGUCCAUUUUCACUGUGAUAUAAACUUUGACCCAUUUGUGUAUAUGGAGGAACACAAGAAGAUCUACGGAUUCACAAUCACGAUGUACGAAUACGAGGAGACGAUAACCACCUUAUGGAAACACGUCAAAGAUUUCGUCGAUUUGCACCCCGAAUUCGUCGCAGAGGACAACGCGCUAGAUUUCCUCUCGGACGACGGCGGUACGACAUAUAAUUUGUGUCACUUCUGGAGCAAUUUUGAAAUCGCAGAUAUGAACUUUUGGCGAGGGACAGCGUACACGGCGUUCUUCGACUACCUCGAGUCCCAAGGUGGAUUCUACUAUGAAAGGUGGGGGGAUGCGCCAGUGCAUAGUAUAGCGGCCGCUCUGUUUGCGAGCAAAGAUCAGAUUCAGUUCUUUGAUGAGAUUGGAUAUGAGCAUCACCCAUACACGCAUUGUCCUCAGGAUGAGGAGACGUGGAGACGAGGUAUGUGUACCUGUGAAAGGGAGCAGAGUUUUGAUCUUGAUUCAUACUCUUGUACGAACAAAUGGGAUAAGAUUAUAGGGAGAUGAUUAAGUUUCAAGUAUCCCGUGGACAGUAACUGUAUUUUACACAUAUAUUAAACGAUUGUACAAUCGUCGAGUACGCCUGGCAGCG